AUGUCCCAAGCAAUAUUUGUCGAUGUGAUCUCUCAGCUUGACAGUGCUUUAAGCCGUCCGAGACGGGAAUAUUUGGCUCAGCUAUUGCGAGACAAUGGAGCCACAUGCAUUGACUCGGAACCCACCGAUGACGACUCAUCCACUGAAUCGCCUAUUGCACCUACUCAUAUUGUCUCAAUGCGUGCACCUUCCGUGGUGCGAACCACCGAACUUCAGAAACGCGCCGUCGUAGUAUCGCCACAAUGGGUAGAAGCUGCGGUCAAAAAUGGAUUCAAACAUCGUCCUGAAUUCUAUUCCACCGACCCUCUCAAGUUCUUUUCCGGUAUCGUCGUGACGACGUCAGGUUUACCUACGGCCGACCGAGAAGCGAUCUACGGUGGUGUCAUGGCUUUGGGUGGUCAGUUUCGCGAAGAUUUGACGCAGGAUGUUACACAUUUGGCCUGUUUGGCACCACAAGGGAAAAAAUACGAAGAAGCCAUCAAACGACGAAAUAUCAUCAAAACUGUUCUUCCUCAUUGGUUUGAUGAUUGCUUCAAAUUCAAGCGUCUGGUUCGCGAAGAUGUCUAUCUAUUUCCGGAUCCGCCUUUAAUGCGCACCAUCAAAGCUUCCAGAACAGACGAUGUAGAAGAACCAACGGGCGAUAAAGUACCCGAGCGAACCAAAGAGGACAAAUUGAUUUAUGUUCAUCCUACAGCGGACGCUUUGCCCACCACCGAACCUAAAGAAAAAUAUUUGGCCGAUCGUUGCUUCUUCUUUGCCGCCGACUUGAAACUUAAAGAUGAGCUCCUUCCCAAAAUCGAAUCGUGCCUCAUCAAAGCAGGCGCUACCGUCGAGUCAACCUUUUCCGACAAGGUCAAUAUCGUCAUUGCAAAGUACCGCUCGUCUCCCGAAUGUAUAAAAGCUUGUCAAGAACACAAGCUGGUGGCCAGUUUAUGGUGGAUCUUCAAUACCCUUGCACGCCAACGAUUCGAAUUGCCCACACGGACCUUGCUCGACUAUCCACAGCCGAAAGGAGGGAUCCCAGGCAUGGAGAAUAUGGUUAUUACCGUCUCCACUUAUACCGGUAUCGCACGUGUAAUUUUACGCACCCUGAUCCAGGCCGUCGGAGCUACUUUUACACCCUCCUUGAGCGAAAGAAAUACACAUGUCAUCGCAGGAAGCAAAGCGAGCAUGAAGUAUCAAAAAGCCUUUGAAAAGAAUUUGCCCAUUGUCAACCAUUUAUGGUUGGAAGAGUGUUUCCAGAAAUGGUGUGUCAAAACACCGGUGGAUGAGCGAUACGUGAUGUUCCCGGGAGGCCACAUUCUGGAUGAUUUGGUAGGUAAAACGCCUCUGUUGCCGGAAGACAUGGAACGAUGGUGGCGCGAUCCCGAAAAUGCACCGGCUACCAUUCCAUUUGCUCCGAAACCCGUCGCACUGUCACCGGCCAAGUCCCACAAAGAACUGGGCAGUCCAGUAGAGACAGGAGAAGAGACCAGCCGAUCCCCGUCUCCGACCGCCUUGGUGCCUGGAUCCACCAAAGAAGGCAGUUCAGUGUCCCCCACACCAAUGGAUGAAAAGCGCCAUCCCAAACGCAACUUGGGCGAUGAAAAUCCGGAAGCCGAAGUCGCCAAACGACAACGAAUUGCCUCCCAAGAGGAGAUUCAAGAAAAGGAAGCCGAAGCGGUGCCUGAAGAAGCAUCCGAACCACCAGCCAUGGAGGAAGCCGACGAAACGUCGCCUGCUUCCCCUAUGGAGGAAAUUAUGGAGCAGCCUGCCUCGGCCGAGAAAUCCGACGAGGACAUGACAGAUGCAGAAUCUGAACAAAAAGAAGAAACUCAAUCAUCCCCGCCGUCACCGCCGGCCACCAAAUCACGUUCACGCACCCCCACCUCCAGAGAAACCGACCAUCCGCCAUCCACGGCCCCUUCCUCACAGGCAAGCACGGCCAAAUCCAAACACGGCAAUACAAUCAAGAUUGCCACAUCCAAUGUGACAUUAAGCAGCGAUGACAAAUCGGCCAUUCGUCGUUUAGGCGGCGGUACAACUGAAAACAUACUGCAAGCGACCCAUCUGGUGGUGGAGAAACGGAUACUGCGAACACCGAAAUUCCUUUGUGCUGUCAACUUGGGACUUUCCAUAGUGCGUCUCGAAUGGUUAAAAGAUUCCAUCAGUCAGGAGCAAUGGCAGAAUGAAUCAGAAUACGAGGUUCAUGAUAGUGAUGUGGAGAAGCGUCUCGGAUUCAAUUUGGCGAAAAGUCUCGAUAUCGCACGAAAGCAUCAAGUGGAAUACAAAUCAGGGACCCGCGGGACCUGGCUGGAAGGUUACGAGAUCUGUAUAUUGCAAACCAACAAAAACGCCGUAAAGGAUGUGAUUGAGACCGCCGGAGGAAAAGUGGUGCCGAAACCAUCGGCCAGACGAUUACGUGAUCUUUUAUCAGGCAGCACGCAAACCCGGUUACUGGUGGUAUCGACCGCCCAAGAUAAAGACAAGUGGACCGAAUACUCAUUGCACAAUGUUCCCGUCUACGACACAGAAAUCAUCAUCGCCGGCGCCUUCCGUCAACGCCUCGAUUUCGAUGAAUUUCGUCUUGCUUGA